UCAGAGCAGCCCUGUGCACGCUGGCAGUUCUGCUCUGCUGUGGGGAGACAGUAGAGUUCCAACAAAACCCAAUUGGGACAAAGAGACAGAAUAACAUGGCUGCCAUGACCAUAGACCCUUUGGAGCAGCCUCGGAUGUACCAACAGAGUCUGCUUCAGGACGGACUCUGUGACCUCUUGGAGAACGACAAGUUUGUGGACUGUGUCCUCAAAAUUCAGGACCAGAAGUUCCCCUGCCACCGCUUGGUUUUGGCUGCAAGCAGCCCCUUCUUCAAGACCAUGUUCUUAUCCGACAUGGAGGAGAGCAAGAAGCGCGAAAUUGUCCUCAAAGACGUGGAGCCAGGUGUUAUGGGGAUGAUUCUGAGAUACUUGUAUACCUCUGACAUUAAUCUGACAGAACAGAACGUCCAGGAUAUUUUCAUGGUUGCCAACAUGUACCAGAUCCCUUCCAUCUUCUCAGUAUGUGUGUCCUACCUCCAAGAGAAGCUGGUGCUGGGGAACUGCUUGGCUAUCUUCAGGCUGGGUCUGCUGCUGGAUUGUCCAAGGCUCACUCUGACCGCUAGAGAGUUCAUCUGCGAGCGCUACCAGGUUGUCGUCAGGGACCAGGACUUCCUGCAGCUGGGCCCGAGCGAGUUGGCUAUCAUCAUAACCUCAGAUGCCCUCAACAUUGAUCGGGAAGAGCAGGUGUUUGAAUCCCUGAUGGACUGGGUCAGACAUGACGAGACCAAGCGGGUCAAGGACCUGCCAGAGCUGCUGCACUGUAUCCGUUUCAGGCUCAUCCCUUUGGAUUACUUCAAAGAGAAAGUGGAGCGCCACCAGUACCUGCAAUUCAGCCAGGACAUCAAGAAGGAGUUGGAUCUCGUCAACAAUGCUUACAAUGGGCGUCUCCCAAAGCCCAGUAAGCACAGCGAUAGAAGGGCAGAGGCAGGAGAAGGAGGAGAGGAGGAGGACGAUGAGGAGGAAGGAUACCUGCCGGGUAUUCUCAACAACAACCCUCGCUUUGGGAUGUUUGAGCUGGAGCUGAUACUUAUGAUCAGUGACACUGGGACUGUGGCGUAUGACCCCGUAGGAAAUGAGUGCUUUGUGGCUUCUGAGUCCACAGAAAUUCCCAAAAACCACUGUAGCCUUGUUACCAAGGAGAACCAGGUGUUUGUUGUCGGUGGACUUCUCUACAACGAAGAAAACAAAGACGAACCAUACAGCUCCUACUUCCUGCAGUUUGACCCAGUGAGUUCACAAUGGUUAGGGAUGCCCUCCCAACCCAGCCCUCGCUGUCUGUUCGGCCUGACUGAAGCUGAAAACUCCAUCUUUGUUGUCGGAGGAAAGGAACUGAAGGAGGGCGAGCACGCCCUGGACUCAGUCAUCAUCUAUGACAGACAGUCAUUCAAAUGGGGAGAAUCAGACCCCCUGCCUUAUGAAGUGUACGGCCAUGGAACUGUAUCACACAAAGGUCUAGUCUACGUGGUUGGAGGAAAAUCUCAAAGCAAGAAAUGCAUGAGAAGAGUCUGUGUUUACAACCCCACUAAGUUUGAGUGGAAGGACCUGGCUCCUCUGAAGCUGGCCCGCUCCCUGUUCGGUAUCACUGUGCACCAAGACCAGAUCUACGUGGUGACUGGCGUCACCGACUCAGGCCUCACCAGCACCGUGGAAGUCUAUGACAUCGCCACCAACAAGUGGUCUGAGUUCACAGAGUUCCCUCAGGAGCGCAGCUCCCUCAAUCUGAUCUCGAUGGGAGGUUUCCUGUACGCUGUGGGGGGCUUUGCUAUGAUGCCCAGUGAAACCAGUGAGGAGCCCGUCCCAACAGAGAUGACGGACAUCUGGAGAUACGAUGAGCCAGACCAGUGCUGGAAUGGGAUUUUGCGAGAGAUUAGCUAUGCAGAGGGAUGCACUAUUCUUCCAGUGCGCCUCAACACUCUGCGCCUCACCAAGUUAUAACUGAACUGACCUGUUGGAGGUGCCAGAAGGUUAACGGAGUGCCAUUGAAGUGAACACGCGCACUCGUUGGGGACAGUGGUCCGAAAUUGGGUUAGGGUACAAGCCAAGGUUUCAAGGUAAUGAUUGAAUGUGGUCACUAAUGAUGAAAAAGUAUUAUGUUUAGCAGCAAGAGAAGAGAGAUGAAUGUUCCGUCCACGUGAGGAUUUAAACGACAUUCAUUAAAAUAUCCCACCAAAUAGAAUUUAAAAACCGUCCAAAUGUUGAUUAACAUAGUUUGUACAUCUGUUUUUGUUACAUUAUUUCAUAAAAUCCUUUUCAUAACUGCAUUUUGCUGUAUUAGAAGCAGGAAUAAAGAAAAUCAUUGAUUGGUCUGUAUUACGUUUUGCUGGAGUGACAGAGGGACGGCCCACAGUGCAAAUGCUUUUAUUCAUCUUCACCUGACAUUUUGUUCAACGUCUUUACAGCUGAUUCUGAAUAUUGUACAGUACACAGUAUUUACACAAAAUGUACAUGGUAACAAAUAAGAGACACAUAAGUGGUGUGACGCAAAUAACAUGAGUGAGGAACGUUUAAAUGUAAACAUUGAUUUCCAGUUGACACCUGAGCACUUCAAGAUUUCAACACAAAACUUCAGUCAAAACUUCAGUCCUAUUUACACAACAUGUACACAAUGACUGUGACAAUUCCUCUGAGGUACGUUCAGUUGGUUACAGUGCAGUUUUACCUAGACUGGUACAGGAGGAAGACUCACUUAGAGUGUGAAGUACACAUCACACUCCAGCAAGACUCACUAUGUCAAAGGUGACACCGUCACUAACUGUAUAUUAAUGUCCAAAUCAGGAGGUGGACACAAAUAAACAAAAGAUAUUAUUGGACAGAGAGCGAGAACACCAACUAUUAUGCAUAGACAACACCCUUUUCAUCUAGCAGCCGAGCUAGUGUCUGUGUGAGGCUAUGGUUUCAGUUUCAUGCUAGCACCCUAGCAUGUUAGCAAUACAAAUAAUAACAUGUUGUCUAGAGGGUAUAUAUUCAUUAUGUUCACCUUCUUAGUUUAGCAUGUGAGCAUGCUGAUAUUUGUUAAGUCCUAUAGUGUGGCCGAGGCUCGUGAGAAUGUCCUUAGUUACGCAAAACGCAUAGACGACAAAGAAACAUUGAACAGUUGGUGGCACUAGCUAAAACGUAAUUAUGAGCAUCAUAAAACUCAUUAAAAAUCAUUCUCUGGGGACAAUAAAUGGCUGUAAAAAUUGAAAUCCAUCCUACAUUAAGAUAUUUCCAACCGGACCAAAGUAGUGGGCCGAGCAAUCAACAGGCAUGCUUGCUAGCGCCAAACAGUAUGGCACCAUAACAAUAUUUAUUAAAUCUGUGAAUAUAGAAAACAAUAGAAUAGAAAGAUUACAAUCAAACAAUGGAAUUCAUUGUCCAUGCUAUCCAGUUAAUGGAAGAUAAGCAGUGUUGCCGUUCACAAUGUUGUGUAUUGUGGACUAAUAACGGAAUACAUCUGGUCCAUUAGCUUCAGAACCAGUCCAAAUGAAUGUCUGCUGGGCAAAUGUGCACUCAGACAAAACUAAAAGCCUUUGCUGUCUGAGCUAUAUUUCACAAGCUUUAGAGGCUCCUCUGGAAUGUUAUCCGGCAGUAUUUCAGCAGAGUGUAUGCCCCGUGUAAAACUGUCACGGACAGGACAGGGACGCCCGGUACGUUGUUCCUCCUCUGUGAUUACUGUCAGCCUGACAAUGUCAUUAAUGUUAUUACCAUUUGUCCCCUUAGCAACAUGGGCCAUUACGUUAAGUGCUUGGCGUCCUCUUGUGU